AUGAGCAAGCAGCCUGGAAAAGUUGUGUUGUGCGGUGCCGGUCCUGGGGAUAUCAGAUUCCUUACUGUUUUCGCAUUGCAAUGUAUUCAGGUCGCAGAUCUCGUUAUUGCUGAUAAAUUGAUCAACCCAUCUAUACUCAACCUCGUAAAAGGCGAACUCCGCAUGGCUCCUCGUCACGCUCAUAUCAAAUCUGACAAUGCUCAGGAGGACAUCAACACCUGGAUGAUUGCGUCUGCCAAACAAGGAAAAAUGGUUGUACGUCUGAAGACUGGCGAUCCAUUUAUAUUUAGUAGAGGUGGUGAGGAAGCUUUGCUCUUGUCUUCUCACAACAUACCUUGGGAGUACAUACCGGGAGUGUCAAGCUGCAUUGCAGCCAGUGGUCGAUGCAAUAUACCCGUCCUACAUCGUGGCCUCGCAAACCAACUUCUGAUAGUCACUGGUGUCGAAGAAGGUGGCAUGCAACCAAAGAUACCCAUACACGACGAUAAACGAACCACGGUGAUACUCAUGGGAGUGAAAAAGCUAUCAUCCAUAGUGUCUGUCUUGCUAGCACAAGGAUACCCAUUAGAUUUCCCAGUAGCUAUUGUUGAACGAGGCUCGUGGCCUGAUCAACGUGUGUUUAAGGGCACCUUAUCGAGUAUAGUAGAUAUUGUGUCAAGUAUUGAAGUCAGGAGCCCGUCUCAAAUCAUUGUGGGUCAUGUUGUCAAUGUAUUGAAUGAUGCGUCGGAUUGCUUGAGUAUGUAUCAGGAUGUGGAACUUGAGCAGUGA